UCAAGUGCCGGCGUUGGCAUCGGUGGUCCAUCAGCAGCAGAAUCUGAGCGAAGGCUGUCGAAAGGGCUGGGGGAAGGGAGAAAGCAGCAGCAGCAGCAGCAACGAGCAAACGGAGCAGGCAAAGCGCCCCGUAGCAGAGGGGAGAGGAGAGCCCAGGCAGGGUGGGCAUUUCGUGCUUCUUUACAGGAGCUUUCUGCAGCCCUCACGCAUCCCUUGCGAGCACGUGUCCAUCUGCAUCCCAGAGAAAAGCAUCUUUCUAGGAGCGAGAGCUGGAAAUCAGGCAGAAGAGAAUGGGAAGGAUGUAAAUCAGCUAUUACUGCCUCCCGAAGAGAGGUGAGAGAGGGAGAGGAAGGAGUUCAGGGGGAUGAAGCUGGAGGAUCCGGAGACUCAGAGAGGAAAAGUUGCCCUGACGGGAGCCUCUGUGUGCUAGAGCCUGAGCUUUGCUCCACAAUGGGAUUUCUUGUGGCUAAAGGAAACCUCCUCCUCCUGCUGUGUGCCAGCACCUUCCCCGCCUUUGGCCACGUGGAAACCCGAGCCCACGCGGAGGAGCGUCUCCUGAAGAAACUCUUCUCCGGGUAUAACAAGUGGUCCCGCCCUGUCGCCAACAUUUCCGACGUGGUCCUGGUUCGCUUCGGCUUGUCCAUCGCUCAGCUCAUCGAUGUUGAUGAGAAGAACCAAAUGAUGACCACAAAUGUGUGGGUGAAGCAGGAGUGGCAUGACUACAAGCUGCGCUGGGACCCCCAGGAAUAUGAAAAUGUCACAUCCAUCCGAAUCCCCUCGGAGCUCAUCUGGAGGCCAGACAUUGUCCUCUACAACAAUGCUGAUGGUGACUUUGCGGUCACCCACCUGACCAAGGCUCACCUCUUCUAUGAUGGGAGAAUUAAAUGGAUGCCACCUGCUAUCUAUAAAAGCUCCUGCAGCAUCGAUGUUACCUUCUUCCCCUUUGACCAGCAAAACUGUACAAUGAAAUUUGGCUCCUGGACGUAUGACAAAGCCAAGAUAGACUUGGUGAGCAUGCAUAGCCAUGUGGACCAGCUGGACUACUGGGAGAGCGGGGAAUGGGUCAUCAUUAAUGCUGUGGGCAAUUACAACAGCAAGAAAUAUGAAUGCUGCACAGAGAUCUACCCCGACAUAACUUACUCCUUCAUUAUCCGGAGGCUGCCACUGUUCUACACAAUCAACCUGAUCAUCCCCUGCCUGCUUAUCUCCUGCCUGACUGUCCUGGUCUUCUACCUGCCCUCUGAGUGUGGAGAAAAGAUAACUUUGUGCAUCUCCGUGCUGCUAUCCCUCACUGUGUUCCUGCUGCUCAUCACGGAGAUCAUCCCUUCUACCUCCUUGGUCAUCCCCCUGAUUGGGGAGUACCUGCUGUUCACCAUGAUAUUUGUCACCUUGUCCAUCAUCAUCACCGUCUUCGUGCUCAACGUGCACCAUCGUUCCCCGCGCACCCACACGAUGCCUGACUGGGUGAGGAGGAUCUUCCUCGACAUAGUCCCACGUCUCCUCUUCAUGAAACGUCCCUCUACGGUGAAAGACAAUUGCAAGAAGCUCAUUGAAUCUAUGCACAAAAUAACCAACUCACCGAGACUUUGGUCCGAGACCGACAUGGAGCCCAACUUCACUACCUCAUCUUCCCCCAGCCCCCAGAGUAACGAGCCGUCACCCACAGCUUCCUUCUGUGCCCACCUCGAGGAGCCAGCCAAACCCCAGCCUAUCUGCAAAUCUCCUUCUGGGCAGUACUCCGUGCUACACCCAGAGCCUGUACAGGUGACCUGCUCCUCUCCGCAGCCCUCACGCCACCUCCUGAGUGACACCCAGACCACAUCCAUCUCCAAAGGCAGGUCGCUGAGUGUUCAGCAGAUGUACAGCCCCAACAAGGCAGAGGAAGGGAGCAUCCGCUGUCGGUCCCGAAGCAUCCAGUACUGUUACCUGCAGGAGGACUCUUCCCAGACCAACGGCCAGUCCAGUGCCUCACCAGCAUCCCAGCGCUGCCACCUAAAUGAAGAGCAGCCCCAGCACAAGCCCCACCAGUGCAAGUGUAAGUGCAAAAAGAGCGAGGCGGCCGGCACACCGGCUCAAGGAAGCAAGACUCACAGCAACAAAGGAGAACAUCUCGUCUUGAUGUCCCCAGCCCUGAAGCUGGCAGUGGAAGGGGUUCACUACAUUGCAGACCACCUGCGAGCAGAAGAUGCAGAUUUCUCGGUGAAGGAAGACUGGAAGUACGUUGCGAUGGUCAUUGACAGGAUCUUCCUCUGGAUGUUCAUCAUUGUGUGUUUGCUGGGAACUGUCGGGCUCUUCCUCCCACCGUGGCUGGCAGGAAUGAUCUAAGCAUAGCCACAGAAAGAAGAAAAUCUAUCCCACUCUGUGGAUUUUUCUUCACCUGGAAGGAGAUGAGCAGAGAAAUGGAGCCAGCCCUUUGAAUAAUUUACUGCGUGUCUGCACAUGAGUUGUUCCAGAGCACUCUGGGAACACUUUCCAAGGUCACAUGUUUUGCCGAGCCAUUUUCAUCUCCUCCAUCUAAUUUCGGGGAAAAGUUCUCAUUAAAGAUUGUACAUAGCAUGGUGGCAUUCAUUGGCAUAUACUCAGCAAUGUAAGCCCACGAGCUUGCUCCCUAAAGCAGCACCAACAGAGGCUUCGUGUAUCCAAAGCAGCCCCUGGCAGAUCAGCUCUGCUCGUCUUCAGAGCUCUCCGCGUGCCCUGCCUCGUAACCUUGCCCCGUCCAGCUGAAUGGUUCAGGACCGCGUGUCCCUGUACGAGUCCUUUGAUAAAUAAAGCUCCAAAUUCGGGAU